GCGGGGCGGCGGCCGAGCUCAGCGCGGGCCCGCGGGCCUCCAUGUGCGUGCCGGCAGCGGCGGACGCGCUGACCGCCGGCGCCCCGCACCCUCGAGGGCGGCCGGGCGGCGGCGGCGGCCGGAGCAGGCCCGGGUGGGCGUAAGCGCCGGGAGCGCUGCCUGCAUGCGCGCAGCUCCAGCCCGCGGCGGCCACUGCGGCGGCAGCGCCGGCAGCGGCGGAGCAGGGGCGGCCGCGCGCGGAGAGGAGCGCGGAGCCCGGAGGCGCCCCGCGUCCCUGCAGGACCGUUGUGACUGCCCAGCGCCCGCGCGCCCCGCCGCCAGGGGACCGGACUUUUGAAUCUCCCGGCUUGGGGCACCGGGCAACGCUUGGUAUUUUCGAACUCAUCUCGCGGAUUGGAACAGCUCCGCUCCGAGCGCGGCCGGCGGCUUGCAGGAUCCCAGCCCUGGCCGCGGCCCCUGCGCCCGCCCUUGGAAGACCCGGCGGGGUGGCGGCGCGGGCCGGCCGCGGGGGUCCCCUGGUGCGCCGCCGGCGGGCAGAGGGCUGAUCGGAGGGUCCCCGGAGAAACGAUCUGGGAUUUGUCCUGAACAGCAUGGAGGAGAAUGACUCCAAGCCUAACGACGCGGCGGCGGCGGCGGAGGGGCAGUGGCAGCCGGAAUCCAGCCCGGGUGGCGGUUCGGGCGGCGGCGGCGGCGGCAGCCCUGGCGAGGCAGACACGGGACGCCGGCGGGCACUGGCGCUGCCAGCGGUCCUGCAGGUGCCAGGCAACCACCAGCACCCUCACCGCAUCACCAACUUCUUCAUCGACAACAUCCUGCGGCCCGAGUUCGGCCGGAGAAAGGACGCGGGGACCUGCUGUGCCGGCGCGGGCGGAGGAAGGGGCGCUGGAGGCGGCGGCGAAGGCGGCGCGGACCGAGGCGGCGGCGCGGGCGGCGCGGACCCGCUGCCGGGGUCUGCCCGGGAGCCCCGGCCGAGGGCGCCCUGCACGCCGGGGGCCGGCGGGCCGCUGCCGGGCGGCGGCAGCGAGUCUCCGGGCGAAGGGGAAGGAGGCUCCAAGGCGCUCUCGCUGCAGGGCGACGCGAAGAAAGGCGGCGACCCCGGCGGCCCCCUGGACGGGGCGCUCAAGGCGCGCGGCUUGGGAGGCGGCGACCUGUCCUUGAGCUCAGACUCGGACAGCUCGCAGGCGGGCGCCGCGCUGGGCGCGCAGCCCAUGCUCUGGCCGGCCUGGGUCUACUGCACGCGGUACUCCGACCGGCCUUCUUCAGGCCCCAGGUCCCGAAAACCAAAGAAGAAGAACCCCAACAAAGAGGACAAGCGGCCACGCACAGCCUUCACCGCAGAGCAGCUGCAGAGGCUCAAGGCCGAGUUCCAGACCAACAGGUACCUGACAGAGCAGCGGCGCCAGAGCCUGGCCCAGGAGCUGGGCCUCAACGAGUCGCAGAUCAAGAUCUGGUUCCAGAACAAGCGCGCCAAGAUCAAGAAGGCCACGGGGAACAAGAACACGCUGGCGGUGCACCUGAUGGCGCAGGGCCUGUACAACCACUCCACUGCCGCCAAGGAGGGCAAGUCCGACAGCGAGUAGCGCCCGGAGUAGCGCCUCUUCUCCCUGCGUCUCUGCGCGAAACAAUGCAAUAAUUUAAAGCUAUCAAAAAGGGCAAGUGUACAAAAAUUAUACCAGCAUUCCUAGUGAAAAGGUCGUGUGUUAGCUAUGGUUCUGCAAUAUUCUAUGUGUAUAUAAUUUACAGGUGAUGUAAAAUCCAAAAUAUCUGACUAUGAAAUAUUUUUUUUAUUUUUGUGUUUGAGAUUAUGCUAAUUUUAUGAUUUUAUUUUUUUGCAAAGGGGGCUGCUUAGGGUUUCAUCUUUUUUUUUUAAUCCCCUAAGUUCCUUAUGGGACGCUUUUUUAUUUUAAAAGAAAAAAAUUAAACAACUUGCUGAAGUCCAAAGAUUUUUAUUGCUGCAUUUCACACGACUGUGAACCGAAUAAAUAGCUCCUACUUGGUCUAUGAGUUCUGCCACUUUGUUUGUAUGGUCCGUGCCAUGGGCAGCAGGAGGGCCGCGCCCCAGCCUCGGCCAGGCCCUUUGGGGAAGAGUGGCCAUGCCUCUUGCCAGGCCUGUGCUAGGCAUGGGCCCACAGUGGUUUUCAGUCUCAAAACACUCCGCUCCAUCCCUCCUCCUGCCUUCUCUCCCUGCCCCAGGCCCGGGAGUGCUUGUCUGAAUCUGUAUUUGUGUUGCUGUCCCCUGUCCCUCCGACACAGCUAGUGCCAACUCUCCGCCUCAGCACCAGGGCUUCGAGCAGAGGGAUGACUCUCCUCCAGCCCAAGCUCAGGCUCCUGCUGCCCCUCCAGCCCCUCAGAUGCUUGUCAGGCCCCGGAAGUGAGGGAGGCCCAUCACCGACAGGCAGGCAGGAGGCUCCUGAUGAGGUGGCCUUUUCUUGCGUUUUUUCUUUUUUGUGCCCUUUUUUUAUAAGUGGCCACUUCUGCUACAGAGAGUGUUCAAGGUGUGUACAUAUGUAUGUAGGCGUGUACACACACAGACAGGUGUGUAUGAGCCCCCAGUUCUGGGACACGUGGCUACCUUGACUUUUAAAGGUUCUCUGCGUCCUCAGGGAUCCAGAGGAAGGACGAACGAACAUGUGUAAAUAACCAUUUCUUAUCACUUUGUCUUUUGUUUUUAAAUAUACAUUUUAUUUUUUGAAGGUGUGGUACAGUGUAAAUUAAAUAUAUUCAAUAUAUCCUUGCCACGUACAUAUAUAUAUAUAAACAAACACAUUAUCUUUCUAUGUAACACCACACUGUCUUCUGUUUAGUGUACAGAAAAGAACCACGUCCCAGUGUCCCCGAAGCUGCGGGGCGCCCUGACCACACAGGCCUUACGGGCCUGGGGACGGAGGCGACUUUCUCUCUUUGCCUUAAAGCUCUUCAUUUUCCUUUGAUAACACUUUCACUCUGUACAUAGUAGUGUAAGCCUUUUGAAAAAGGAACUAUAAAGACAAAACGUUGUAAUUUAACAUCCUGUGAAUAACCAUCUGCUGCUUAGGAAACUCAAUGAAAUGAUAUGCCUUUUUCACAGGAAGCAAGGUUUUCUUUCUGUUUUCUUUUUUAGUUUGUAAAAAUGUGCAUUUUACAGUUCCAGUAUCAAAUAUUUAUAAUCUUAUGAGAAAUGAAUGUUUCUAUCUCCCAACUGUGGUCAUCCAAAUUGUGAACAUUCCCUCUGCAUUUUUGUGUGUUUAAAAUCUUGAAAGUUAAUUAAAUAAAAAUAACCCCAAUUUAUUGUAA